CGUUAUCGAAGUGGGACUUACUGUUGUGGUGACAGUCCUUGACAGCACCUUGACAAGCACCCACUCUUCUUUUCCCUGCACUCUUUCUUCUGGUGGUCAAGCUAGCAUCGCACGCACGGGGGAACAGUAAUCCCGCCGGCAAGAUGUGAAGAAAAGAGCCUAGCCGGACCACCAUCAAUACCUGUGCUCAUGUACUCCCUCCAUAUUUUACGCACACAGCGCAGUAGCGUCGGGGAUCGACAAGAACCUUUUUUUGGAGUCCUCGUCCUCUUAGAGAACCCUCUCUUGCUUGUCCCCCUGUUGUCUCUCACUGGCCCUCGGACCACUCACAGCACGAACAAGCUUAUUGUCUCUCGCCCACCCCUGCUGCAUGUCAAUACUUGGUGGCAGGGAAGGCGCAUGAGGGCGGCUGCUCAGCGAAAAUAGCUAUUGGGCGCAACCCAUCUGUUGGUCUGACUGGCUGGAGGGGACAGGCCACCUUCCCUCGCUGUAGCUCACGACCCCUCAACACCUUGUCGUUCACCCAAUGUGGGCAGCGAUAGACAGCUGUGAACAUGGGGGAUCAUGAGACUAGUGAAUCUUGGCUUGGAGAACGAACAGAAGAGGGAAAGACUCGACGGGACCCUGGUCGAUGUGCAUCACCAUCCACCACUCUCCGUCGAGUAUUCAGCUUCGAGGGUUGGACCAGCUGCAGACAAACAUGCACACACACACAGACACACACACUUACGCACUCUUCCCCCAGCCAACUCACACUCACACUCUCACAUUUUACACGCCCACCACCUUUCUCACCCACACCAACCCGCACAACACCCACCAACACGCCCACAUACAACAUAUGCACCCAUAUAGAUCACCGCUACCAAUAUAGAUCCAUCCACUCAUGGCUCUCUAUUCUUCGCCUAGUCACCUAUCUCGAGUGUUUUCUUCCCCACUAGGCCAUGUUUGUGAGGGCCAAAAAUAUCCACGACUAACUCCAGCACACAACAUCCCCCAUCCUAUUCGAAAAGAUGUAAAAAUAGAUUCAGGUCUUUGGAGAGGCCUCACUCGACCUGCAUCUUGGUCGAUAUAUAGACCACACAACACCACGAACUCCAUUUUAACCAAAGUCAGACCGUGUGUGCUAUUCUUCUCGAACCUCUCCCUCCACCUCCACCUCUUCUACUCUCCCGACUUUCAACCUAUUACUACUCCUUCAUUUAAUAAUUGUUAUUACCUUUCGACCCAAAGCCAAGCUGGACUUCGCUUUGAUCCUAUCAUUCAUUUCGACGCAUUACUACUAAUUUUCCCUGGUCUCGCCAAUAUCCUAUCAUCCCCUGUUCGCCAACUCUCGCACUCUCGCACUAUAGACACGACUGUCCCGAAGUGGCUUGCCCGACCUUCACCCAAGUCACACACCCCUCUUUGCACCCCCACACACACUUCACACUACGGACGACUGGCGCGCACGUACCUUGCAAGCAUAACACCACCCACCUAACGCUUAUACCCUUUAAUACCAGCCAUGUCUCUCACCUCGAGCUCCAUGAGCAGAACGAAUCCCACCACAAUGGCCGUGGCACAACCAAAGCCCAAGCCGGCUUCCAAGGCCAGCAGCACCAGCACUCAGCAGAACAAGUUAAAGGCACAGAUGCACAGGAGAUCUCGCACAGGAUGCUACACCUGCAGGUUACGAAGGAAGAAGUGCGACGAGGGCAGCCCGUGCUGCUCGGCAUGCAAGAACCUCGGUCUGGAGUGCAAUUACAAACGGCCAAUGUGGUGGAGCAAUGGCGAUUCGCGCCGCCACCAGAAGGACACCAUCAAGAUGAUCAUCAAGCGCAAGAAGCUUUCCGAGAAGACGUCGCAAAUCCUGCCGCCGGGCGCAGACACCCCACCAGGACUCUCGCACUCUCUGCCCACCUCGGCGACCUACUCGGACUCGAUUGAUCGCACGCGCUCCGGCUCGGCCGACUCUACAUUCUCGCUCGACUUCAACUUCGACGUCGCGCCAGGCAUUGCAAACUACGACUCAUACAAUGCGCAGAUGCACUCGUCGCAUGCGCAUUAUGCUCCUCUAUACUCCGAGUUUGCGCCGUACGAGGUCGGUGUCAAGACUGAGCGCGAGGUACUCAUGGAAGAUGGCCUGACAAGGCGCGAAUCGACGGUGUCGACAUUCAGCACUUUCCACACACCCCAAGAGUAUCACCCGUCGCAAGACGCCUCGCUGUCUUCCUACAAGGGCGACGGUGAGUAUUUUGACGACAUGUACUUUGAGCGCCGGGAGUCGAUGCCAGAGGAGCUUACCGCAAACUUCUUCGACUCGCCCGACGGCAUCCCCGCCCCGAGCCACCCGCUCCUGCCUGACCUCGAGCAGAGCGACGAGUCCCUGCUUGGCCACUUCAUCCAGAACGUGCUUCCGUCAAUCUUCCCCGUCCUCGAGGCUAAUGUGAGCGCUCCCACGCUCUCGGACCUGAUCCUUCCUGCGCUCGAGACCAAUAAGAGCUACCUGCACUGCGCCCUCAACAUCUCGGCACAGCACUACAAGUCUACGGUUAACGCUCAGGAGAACAGCGAUGCGAUCGACGCGGAUAUCAUGCGCCACCGUCAGGCAGGAAUCCGCGAGCUGUGCGCAUCAAUCGGGCGCAACGAGCCGACCGAGCAGAUCCUCGAUACGACACUAGGCAUGAUCUUCCUCCAAUGUGCCGUCGGCCGCGUCGACGAGGCUCUCCCAGACGUCUCGUGGCACCAGCACUUCCACGCUGCAAGCGACCUCGUCCACAAGCUCGAUCUUCCCGCACAGGCAACCUCGAACACAGCAUCCGCGCCCUUCAACAUGACACUGAUGUCCUGGAUCGACAUCCUGGGCGCCGCCCUCGUCGGCCGCUCCCCCACCUUCGCCGACACCUACCGCGAGAAGAACUUCAGCUCCACCAGCCUCGGUCUGCGCGAGCUGACUGGCUGCGACGACCGCGUCAUGUUCCUCAUCUCCGAGAUCGCGUGCCUCGAGGGCCUCAAGCACAGCGGCAUGGGCAUGGACGUCCUGUGCUCCUACAUCACCACCCUCGGCGAGCACAUCACCCACACCGAGAACGGCGCCAUGAGCCUCAAGAACCCCUUCGAUGCCAACGGCGUCCUCGACGCUGACCAGCUCAGCGUCAACAUCACUGCCGCCUUCCGCAUCGCCGCGCGCAUCUACUUGUGCUCCCUUGUUCCGGGCUUCUCGCCCGCGCAGGAAAGCUGCAUCAGGCUCGUCGACAACCUGACGCGCGUACUGGCGUUCAUCCCCGCCGGUGCACAUGGCUUCGACAAGAGCAUGGUCUGGGUCUACCUCAUGGGCGGCGCGGUGAGCACCGCUGGAUCUAGCUUUCGCGCUUUCUUUGACGCGCGCGUUGCUGACCUCGGCAACGCCGCCGACUGCGGCAGCUUCGGCCGCGUCGCAUGCCUCCUGCGCGAGGUGUGGGCGCGCGCGGACGCGCAGCCGGAGGUCGUCGUCUCCUGGAGAGAUGUCAUGCAGAGCAAAGGCUGGGACUUCUUGUUGAUCUAGAAUGUCUAUUUUCCCUGUGGGAAAAACAGCUAUUUGUUCUAUCUUUCUUUUUUUUCUGUUCUGUUUGGACGGCUGGAUUUGGGAGGGAUGGACUGGAUGGGGACUGGAAUGGAGGGAAUUAUCAUCAGCUCGGGCAGCGGACCUUCGCGGCCUUUGCCAUCAUCACUACACCGCAACACACACACACUACUUCACUUCUUUUUUCUUUUGGAGACUUUGGAUUUUGGUACAUAUGCAUAGCAGGCAGGCAUACCCUUAUACGGCGCAAUAUAGGAGUUUUUAUUUUUCGGGGCGGGAUUGGGCUGGGGGGGGUAGUUGAGCACAGCUCCUACGGGGGGAUAUAUUGGGAAUAGAAUAGGAAUAGGA